AAGUUUCGGUCACAACCUAAAUACGCUUUUUCACAGAGAGAGAGAGAGAGAGAGAGAGAUACGGUGUUGAGGAAGAUGUGGCACUAUAGGAGCAUAGUGAGAGAAGCAUGGCAUCGAACCAUGGCGGUGGCCAACUUCCUCUGCGGCCUUCACGUCACCAACACUUACCUCUGUACUGCCGCCCUUGCCUACGGUCCCAGCAUGCUCCCGACCUUCAAUCUUACCGGUGAUCUGUUCCUUGCCGAGCGGCUCUCCACCCGAUUUGACAAGGUGCGACCCGGAGAUGUCGUCCUCGUACGGUCUCCUGAGAAUCCUCGGAAGUUGAUAGUGAAGCGCUUGCUGGGAAUGGAGGGUGAUUCUGUCACGUACGCUGUCGACCCCAAGAACAGUUCUAGAUGCAACACUGUCGUGGUUCCAAAGGGACAUGUUUGGAUUGAGGGAGACAACAUCUAUGCCUCAAGAGAUUCAAGACAAUUUGGGCCUGUUCCUUAUGGCCUACUCGAAGGCAAAGCAUUUUGCAAGAUUUUAGAAGCUGAGGCCCAUGUGAUGACCUCUGGGACUUUCGUGUUAUAUGGCCACCUAAAGAAUUUGGUUCCUUGGGACAAGCGGAAUGAAGAAUCCAGAUCUAUAAGGCUUUUUGUAGCUGCUUUCCGUGAUCUGAUACUAUUGAGCUAGUUCUGUUUGGUGUCCUGCACAUUCUUUCUCGUUAAUCACAUGAACCAUGUACCAUCUACCCUACAUCUGCAGUUCAUUAGAGUAACCUGUUUGGAGAGGCGAAUUAUCAGCUCUGUUAUAGUAUUUGGAUUUUAUACUUGUUCAGGAUGUUUGUUGGAUCGCAACGGAUUUUAUGUAUGAAGUCAAUUAGAUUCAUUUUAUUUUGGUGAGCUCAUAUUUCUUGUUUUUUUGAUAAGUAAUGUGAGCUCAUACUGAAAGAUCAUUGGCUCCUAUAUUUUCAUUUAUUUUUGUUAAUUGCAAAAUCAGUAUUUAAGGUUUUCAUGUUUUAA